UACUGCUCUACCAGACUGGGAGCUCAAAACAGUGGAUGACAGCCGAACAAGUCAAGCUCAUAAAGAACACAAUAUACACUUGACAUCAGGCAAAAUGCUCGGAGGUUCAAGUAUCUCCAACUACAUGUUCUACGUGAGAGGUAACCCAGCUGAUUACGAUGACUGGGCCGCACGUGGUAACACUGGCUGGAAUUGGGAUAAUAUCACGUAUUACUACAAAAAGAUGGAACGAUUGGAAGAUGACAUAAUACAAAAGAAUUCAGCUGCACGCGGACGACUCGGGUACUUGGGUGUAGAGACAAUACCAUGGGAGCAUAGGACUGGUAGCUAUUUCGAAAUAUUUGAAGAGAAUGGUCGUAAAAUAUUAAAGGAUCACAACGGUGAUGAACAGCUGGGCUACGCACCACCGCAGUUUUCAAUCGCUGAUGGCAUUCGACAGAGUACUGCUGCAGCGUACCUAAAACCAAUUAAAAAUAGGCCAAACAUCUACAUCCUCAAAAAUACUAUUGCGAGAAAGAUAAACUUUCAUGAUAAGAAAGCAAAAAGUGUAGAAGUUAGCCUUCCAGACGAUAGUAUAAUCAAUGUCUUAGCGAAUAAGGAGAUAAUUUUAUCUGCUGGUGCUAUAAAUAGUCCUAAAAUACUAAUGCUAUCAGGUAUAGGACCGAAAAACCAUUUAGAAGAAAUGAAUAUUGAUAUAGUUCAAGAAUCAACAAACGUUGGUCAAAACCUUCAAGAUCACGUUUUAGUUCCCGUAGCAAUAACUGGGAAUAAUAACUUCACGUCAAUAUUACAAAAUGCAGAGACAUUAAUUAAUCUAAAUAAGUUUCCUAUACCUACAAUGCUAGGAUUUGUCUCCCUGAAUAAAUCUCAAAAUUAUCCAGACUACCAAACGACAGUGUGUCCAAUACCGAUUGCGAGCAUCCUAAGCAUCACAUUGUGUUCUCAAAUGUUAGACUUAGAUGAUAGUAUAUGUAUUGAUGUGGCUAAUGCCAACAAACGAACUGAACUUCUUUUGGCGUUAAUUACGCUACUACAUCCAAAAUCUAGAGGUGUCAUAAAACUAAGAAGCAAAGAUCCUGAGGAAAACCCUUCAAUAUUCACGAAAUACUUUUCAAAUGAAGAGGAUUUGGAAGAUUUUGCGACAUAUAUAGAAGAUUAUGUUACCGUAAUAAAUACGACUUACUUCAAAAGCGUUAAUUCUAAGAUACUAGAUCUGAAUGUAAAGCAAUGUAAAGAUUUACAAUUUGGUAGUAGAUUAUUUUGGAAAUGCUAUGUUUUAAAUUUGGCUGGAACGCAAUAUCACGCUGUGGGGACUUGUGCAAUGGGUCCGGAAGAAGAAGGGGUAGUGGAUGAGAGAUUAAGAGUUAGGGGCGUGAAGGGGUUGCGAGUGGUAGACGCUUCGAUAAUGCCAACAGUUGUUAGUGGUAACACUAACGCACCUGUAAUAAUGAUAGCUGAGAAAGCAUCUGAUCUGAUAAAAUUAGAUCACGGUAUUGUUAAUUCAACGUGAAACUUACAAUU